AAUUAUGAAUUUGCUGAAAAAUAAGAGCAUUUAUAAAAUGGUUUUUUGUGAAACUUUUGUCGUGAAACAUAGUGAAGUUACAUAACGCACAUACAGACAGAGGCCACUGCAAAACAAAACAAAAUCUGGAAACUCAAUUCUCAUUUAUUUAUUUUUCGUUUCAUAAUAAUCAUUUUUCUGGAAAAUUCUAAAACAGAAAAAAUAAAUUUCAUCUCUCUCUCUCUCUUCGUUUACCGUUGAUUAUUAAAAUCUGAGCCGUUGAUCUUUUUACCUCCGUUUUGAUCUUUGAUCGCUAUCAUGGAGGUCCGAUCAAACCCCACCGCUGAAAAUUCCUCCGACCAAUCUCCGGCCAGUCGCCACCGUCGAUCAUCUCCCGCCUCAUCCAAGAAACCUCUCGCUUCUCCUCUUCCUGUUGACACAACAUCCGUUACUCAGAGAUUGCAGAAGGAAUUAAUGGCUCUCAUGAUGAGUGGGGGAGAUCUUGGAGUAUCUGCUUUUCCUGUUGGUGAGAAUAUUUUUACCUGGGUUGGCACAAUUGAAGGUGGUAAAGGAACUCUGUAUGAGGGUUUAUCUUAUAAACUCUCCUUACGUUUUCCCACGGACUAUCCUUUUAAACCACCCCAAGUGAAGUUUGAGACAACGUGCUUUCAUCCAAAUGUUGACCAGUUUGGCAACAUAUGUCUCGACAUCUUUCAGGACAAGUGGUCUUCAGCAUAUGACUGCAGAACUAUUCUUCUAUCUAUUCAAAGUCUAUUGGAAGAGCCUAAUUUGGAGAGUCCUCUAAACAGCUAUGCUGCAGAGCUUUGGACUGAUAAGGAAGAUUUCAAGAAAAUGGUCCACAAACAGUAUUUAGCUGGAAAAGAACCUGAAAGUUGAUUGAUAAACCUGAAAGUUGAUUGAUACAAUCCAAUGCGACGUUUGUCAAAAGAAAAUUUCUGUAGCUAUUAGUUUGCCCAUUUUUUUUUUGUAUGAUGCUUUGGUAUUGUAAUAUGAAACUACAUAAAUCUUAUGAAAGUCUUCUGAUGACUUUGUGUAUAAUAGUUGUAAAAAAAUCCGUUGCAAAGGUGCAGAAUGACUCGAUAGCCAUGAUUAUGUGGCUUACAUCAAUAUAUUCAUUUUACAUAA